UCUCUGCAAAUAAAAAUUAAGUGAAGAUGUAAAUAUUUUAAACUAAUAAGAACAAUAUAUUACUAGCAUUAUUGUUAGAAGUAAUUGCAUUGUCCUAAUUAUUCCAUAAUUAUUCUUUAUUGAGAUGAUGUAAAUAUGAUUGAAACAACCAUUGGAGUUGAGUGAGUUUGGGAGAAUUAUUAUUUUUUUAAUAAAAUCUGUUUAGGUUUAAUGAUUAUAACUAGUUCUGAAGGAAAUCUCCUACCUGUUCUUGCCUCUCUCAUUGACUGUGCCUUUGACUUUGCAUUCUUGUCUAUGUUAGAUUAUAUCGUUAAUUUUACACUUGUUGGGCUCCUUUUCCCCGAUCGGCUCUUCCUACCGCUACCUCGGAAUAUGGUUCCACAACAUCUCAGUUCCAUCUUACGUUUGGGUGGCCAACCGCCGGCGACUGCUCACCGGACGCUCCGGCCGCUUCUCAUUGACGACUAGCUGAAAGCUCCUUCUCACUGACGACAGCUCGGGGACGGAAUUCUGGUCCUCCGGCGCCAACUCCGUCGCCGUGAGCAACCCGGUGGCCCAGAUCCGCGACGAUGGUAACUUCAUCGUCAGGGAGGCAUCCGGGAACGGCUAUCAGGCGUGGCAGAGCUACGACGUGCCCACGGACACGAUACUCCCAGGGAUGAGGUUCUGUCGGAGCACCGCCGGCGGGUUCAAUAUCAACCUCACGGCGUGGACGAGCCUCAGCGACCCGGCGCCGGGGGACUACGUUCUGGGAGUCGACAUGGACGGCGUGCCGGAGGAGUUCUUGUGGGCCGGCAUGCAGCCGCUGUGGCGGUCGGGGCCGUGGACCGGGCUCUACCUCAGCGGCGUUCCGCAGAUGGGGCAAGAGAAUCUGGUGGAGUACCACUAUGAGCCGGCGACCCCCCAACAAUUCGUCUACUCCUACACCGUCCGCGACAGCUCCUUCCUCUCCAGAAUCACCUUGAACUCCUCCGGCCAGGUUCAGCUUCUGGUGUGGGCGGAGGAUAACCACCAGUGGAGCGUUCGAGCAUACGUUCCCAUGGAUCCCUGCGACACCGUGGCGGCCCCAACGCGAUCUGCUCCCCCAACUCGUAGCCGAUGUGCGUGUGCCUGCAGGGGUUCCAGCUCAAGAACCUCACCAACUGGGACCUGAUCAAGAGCUGGUCCAACGGAUGCCUGAGGAAGACCGACUUGGACUGCCGCAACACGACCGACGGAUUCUUCACCCAAAGCAGCGUAAAGCUGCCGGACAUGUCGAUCGCGGUCAUGAACACGAGUUUGACCUUGGAGGAAUGCGGCAGUCUGUGCCUGAACGACUGCAACUGCACGGCCUACGCGAGCGCCAACGUCACCGGGAGCGGCUGCAUUCGCUGGACCACGCAGCUCACGGACAUCAAGUUCUCCUUCGGCAGGGACGCCGGGCAGGAUCUCUUCGUCAGGCUCGCCGCCGCCGAUCUUAUCGAAGCCUACUCUGAAUCAAGCACUCCUCGCCGGCGGCGUGUAGGGCUGAUCGUAGCAGUUACUUUGGUGGCGUCGUUUCUGCUAUCCAUCGCUGAUUUUUGCAUAUGGAAAUGGAAGAGCAAAUCAUUAAUCCCUCCUUUCACCUUGUAAUUCUCAGGCUAAUCCAUCUGCUGAAACUGUCUUCUUCUCGGCACGCAGAGAGGUGCGUGAUUAUAGCAGCUGGAGAAGAAGAUUUGAACCUCCCCUUAUUUGACUUCG